GUUUGGAGACAGGGUUCCGGCUGCCUCACGAGGAAGUCAACAUGUCGAGCUCGUACCGGAGCAGAAUUCAAGAGUUCAAUCUAGCCCUGAGUGAGUCCAAAAUUGAUCUGAAGACACUUCGGGAGCUGUGCUUUGGUGGGAUUCCUUUUGAGGGUGGCCUGCGGUCACUGUGCUGGAAGAUCCUCUUAAAUUACCUCCCUCUGGAACAAGCACUAUGGGAUUCCUUUCUGAAGAAGCAAAGAGAGCUAUAUGCACAGUUUUUGAAGGAGAUGAUCAUCCAGCCUGGCAUUGCAAAAGCUAACCUGGGUUUGUCCAGAGAAGAUGUUACUCUGGAAGAUCAUCCUCUGAAUCCAAACCCGGACAGUCGCUGGAAUACCUAUUUCAAGGACAACGAAGUUCUUCUUCAGAUAGAUAAAGAUGUCAGACGGCUUUAUCCAGACAUGGCAUUUUUCCAGAGACCAACCGAGUACCCUUGCCGGCUUAUUCUGGAUCCACAGAAUGAGUAUGAAACACUCCGGAAAAGGGUGGAGCAGACUACCUUGAAGGCACAGACUGUUGCAAAGAAUCGCAGUGGAGUCACCAACGUGAGCUCUCCUGCGAAAACUCAGUCCUCAUACCCCUCAAAUGAAUAUGAAGUUCUACCCAAUGGGUGUGAAGCACACUGGGAGGUAGUGGAACGAAUUCUUUUUAUCUAUGCCAAGUUGAAUCCUGGCAUAGCAUACGUGCAAGGGAUGAAUGAAAUUGUGGGUCCUAUUUAUUACACGUUUGCAACGGAUCCCAACAACGAAUGGAAAGAGCAUGCCGAGGCAGACACAUUCUUCUGUUUUACUAACCUGAUGUCCGAAAACAGGGAUAAUUUUAUCAAGAGUCUCGAUGAUUCACAGUGUGGCAUCACCUCCAAGAUGGAAAGCGUUUACUCCACUCUGAAAGAAAAGGACAUGGAGCUCUAUCUCAGGCUGCAAGAGCAGAACAUUAAACCUCAAUACUUCACCUUUCGCUGGCUAACCCUGCUGCUCUCGCAGGAGUUCCUGCUUCCUGAUGUUAUUCGGAUCUGGGACUCGCUCUUCUCGGACCAGGACCGCUUCAACUUCCUCCUCCUUGUCUGCUGUGCCAUGCUCGUUCUGAUUCGAGAUGAGAUACUAGUGGGAGAUUUUACUGUCAACAUGAGACUGCUUCAGGAUUACCCCAUUUCUGAUGUCCAUGCCAUCUUAACUAAAGCAAAGGAACUUCAGGAUAGUUCAUAACCAAGGGCCACUCUUUUGUGAAAGACACUGCAGAGAAGAAGGAAGAAGCUACUCCUCUCCACAGUAAUUACAGCAGUGCUGGGUGCUCCUGGGAAACAACGCCACAUUGCUGUGCUUUGUGGGACCUUGUUGACUGCUCCACUACUUUAUACCCUUCUUUUGCAUUAAGGUUUGAUUUUUUUUUUUUUUUUUCCCCCCCAUGUUCUUACAUUACCACUGAAGAACUUUAAAAUCAAGAACACACAGUGGUAACACACUCCAAAAUUGCUGCUGUUAUUACUUUUGUUUUUAUUUUUGUAAAACCGAUCAGGGUGUUUCUGACAUUGUUUGGAGACCUAGCCUCCAGCCCCCAACUUGAUUUCCAGUAUCUUUUUAAUCGUGGAGCGAGUGUUUUAAAUCAGCCACUCUGACCUGGGACUUGCUGCCUACAUCUGUGGUCUCCAGGAAGUCUGGCCGGGUGCUUCUUUGCUGAGCAGCUCAGUAUUAACAUUUUUAUUUUUCUUCUGUGAUUCGACUCCAGAAAUGAAACGCAACCUUUCUGCUGUCCAUAUUGGGUUUGCUUUUUGCAGACGCUAGCAGCUAAGUAACCGAUGUCUUUCAUGUUUAUUUUGCCUCUCAUAUUCUGACAGAGGUUCAAGCUGAAUUCUAGUUGUUGAAAUGCCACAGAUCCAGUCCCGAGUCUGUUCUCCCCGUUAGUGAGCGGUAGUUUGUCCUACAGAUUAGUAAUUUCAUGGUUUGUAUAAGACAAGACUUGUUGAGUUGUUCUUGUAAAGUCAAAUGGUUUUCUAUCAAUUAGGACCACCCUGUCGUAGUAUGGCUCAUUGACAUGUAGACCAAACACAUACAUACUGUUUUACAUUUAUCAAUAUAUUUAUAAAAAUAGCAGUGUACGCAGUGCAUUCCUUUUAUAGUGAGCAGGCUCCUAUAACAAAAGAUCAUCACUGAAUGCUGCUGGCGCUGUUGUCCACGUGAUGGCCUCAGAUCUUUCUAAUCACACUUCCUAGUCAGUCCUUCAGCUUAUAAAAUCUAACUCUUUUUAAUAUAUAUUGCCUUUCUUGAUAACUGUGAUGUAUACAUGCAGUAUGAAAAGUCUAUAUACAGUAUAUAUU